AGAGAGCAUCCGAACUCUAGAUUGGAAAGGAACAAUCGUAAAUACCCGCUCUACCCUCCCUCUCCGUCCUCUUUCGCGCGCUCUCACUUUCUCACGAGAAGUAAAUUGGGCUCUUAUGCGAUUGAGGAAAGGAACAAGCUAAAUAAUAUUGUUAUUGCUAAGCCUUUCAAAUCAAUGGAUUCUAAGGGUAUCAAGAAACCUGCUAAGUGUUCCAAAUCAACUUCUUCAUCUCAGCGAGAAUGUGAAAAUUUACAAGCAAUGGCUGUGGGAUUGAGAACUGAGUGGUCUAAACUUAAAGCUGAGAUGGACAAUCUUCUUAAGAAAUGUGAAAGAGUUAAAGAUGAAAAUAAAUCCAUUAUGGAGGAGAUAACCAGGAUAUAUGGGCGAGACGCAAUCUCCGAUCUUAUAGCCAUGGAAUCCGAUGCUGAGACUGAAAGCGACAAUGACGAGGAAACCACUCUAAGUGAACAAAACCAAACUGCUGACUCCAGUAUGUUACUUGAAGUCGGGAGAUAGAAGUCAGGAGAUGAUUGUUUCUGUUGAGGUAAAUCAGAUCUUUGCUGAAGAUUCAGGCAUUCAGAAUAAAUUCGGUAGAUUUGAAACUUAAUCCACUCAAUUUGCUUUAAAUUUACAAUUUGGUG